AUGGAUGAGGAGCGAUACCAGCUCCUUGGGGAUUCGUCCCUGUAUACCAAAAGUGGGAAGAAGAAGAGGCCCCUGAAGGGGGAACUCGAGCAGAUGCUGGGGGCCCCCACGGAAGUCACUUACAAGGCGGGGGGUGGAGCGUCCUACAUCCUGGAGGCCCUCAAGGCAAUGCCCCGCUGCCGCUGUCUGGGAAUUUCCUACUUUGGCAACGAUGUGCUCCGCGGCAACCUCAAGCGGUGGCAGUUGGAAACGUGGGCACAGAUCGUUGAUAUAGCGCACGUCAAGGCUGAUUACGUGGUCUUCCUUGUGGCUGGCUCCUAUGAGCGAUAUCGCGGGACGUUGUUGGACCCGAGGCCCGCGUACGACGAUAACCUGGAGGAAAUUAGACACUUCCUGCGAAUGCGAGAGUGCGAUGUGACCUCCGGUCGCAAAGACAUCCGCCAAUGGCCUCUGGCGGACGAUGAGGUGCAUUUCGCAUCCUCUGCCAAAGAGGACAUUUGUUGUUUCUGGAAGAAGUCCUUUGACCGCAUGUGUCCUCCGGAAGACCGCCCACGUUAUCCCACCCGUGGCGAGCGCAAGAGGCAGCGUGAGGCCGCGCACGUUGAGCACGCUGGGCCCCAUGAAGAUGAGCCUCACUGGCAUAAUCACUGGAGGCAUCAGACAACUUGGGAUAGUAACGACGGAUGGUGGCAGCAACGUUCCCAGAACGGGCAAAGCAGUCGGCACGACGCCCGAGGAUACGAAGACCAAGAGCUCCAUCGCGGCGAUUCCAAGCGGCGACGAACCUCCGGCUCAGACACUGUCGAGGAGUGGCCUGCAAGCUGGUGGGAUAGGGAUG